UGUUGACAGAUAAUUGAAUUGAUGUUUUCUUGUCGUAUGUGGCGUCUUGUGUAUUUAUCUUUCUUUUUAAUAUUUUAAUAAAAAUUGCAUUUAUUUAGUGUUUUUUAUAUAACUUUACGUUUACUUUAAAUGGUUAGGUGUAAGUGUUCAUAAUCAUAAGGAAAUAGUAAAGUAGCGCUUGAAUUCAGUUUUCUAAGUCUAAAAUGGAUAGAAAUAAUAUGAGAUCAAAUUAUGUGAAUAGUGGACCUAGGUCUCUACCACACAUGGGAGGUGGCAAGCGUCACAAUGGCAAUGGUCACAAUGGGUCCCGGCUCAGCCCACCAGCACAGACUGCCAACAAUAAUCACAAUAACAGCAAUCACCAUGAUGAUCUGAUUAAUUAUAUUUUUGAAUCCUGGAAUAAGGUAACUCGUGAACUAGAAAGAGGCAACGAUGAAGCAAAAUACUAUCAAGACGUUUUAGGUCCACGACAGCUGGCUAAUUUUAGACCAUUUAACCUGGAGGAGUGGUGGGGCCGUCGUGUUAUCCAGAGCAUAAAUCGUAAUAAGCAUCGGUCUUAGUUCUUACAAAGUGGCGAGUUAUUGAUAUCUCAUUGUGACAUCAUGGCUUCACUAUAUUUUCUUCUGAUCAUACUUUUGGUACAUUCUUUGACUAGUUUUCAAAGUUGGUAUUGGUAGAUUGAAAUGUAUAAUAUUUAAAUAUAAUUACAUCAUUUUUCAUAUUAUUAUGUGGGACAUAUUUAUUAGGCAUUUGUUAAAUCAUGGGAAAACCAUAAAUGUGUUAUAUAAUAUGUUUUUAAUAACUCUUUUGAUGAACAAACAAUUAUUAUAAAAAGAAGUAAUAAGUUAGUAUAAUUACGUAUGCUUUACAAAACUAUUUUCUUCAAUUAAUGUAACUUACAUUAAUUUAUUGACAGAAAUAAAUAUAAUUCAGGCUAAGUACACUAAACACAUUUCUAGACACGAUAUUCACUAAAGAUCACUAUUGAAUUUUUCUAAAUAAUCUUUUUUAUUUGCACAAUAAUUCUCACAUACAAUAUUUAAAAAAGUAUGUACAAAAUUUAUUGUAUUGUACACAUUAAAACAAAUUAAUCAAUUCUAUUCUCACAUUAAUUACAUAGAAAUAUUUUACAAGAUGGUACAUCAAAAUUUUAAUGCCCUAUUAUUAAAAUAAUGUAAUUGUUAAUAGAAAGACAUUUGUUAUUUGAAUUCCAUUUUUUUUAAACAUAUGACGUACAAUACUUAUGCGUGAUUAAUGAUGGCAAUAACAUUACAUUUAACUAUUAAGAUGUACAAUGAGAUAUUUUUAACCUUAUAUAGAGUGUGUUUGUAACACUGAUCUUCGUUUUCCAACAUGUCACUACGAAUGAAAACUGCGAAUUAUAAAUUUACAUAAUGUUAAGUUCAAAAAUUUUAAACUUUGAUAAUAUUUCUCUGUGUUGGAAAUAUCCUGGAUUUUUAAAGCACGUAGGAGAUUAUUAAGUAGGUUUUGUAAAAAAAAAAUUAAGUUAGCAUGAAUAUCUAUUUUUACUUGUAAUUAUUAUAAGGAAAUGUGUUAUAACCAUUUAGAAACAGCUAGAUAUUUCGUGUUUUAUUCGUGACUUGGUCAUUUUAAAUUGUUUUUUUUUUUGUGUUUAUAUAAAUUGUAAUUUGUCUAUGGACAGAGGAAUAGCAAUAUUUAUUAUAUCUGCAAUUUAAAUGACAUCACAUAGUGUUUAAGGAGUUGUCACGGAUGAAUAGAAUGACGUUCUUUAGUUGAGUUUUGAGUGACAAGAUUUAAACUAACCCUAUUGUUAGUGUAUUCUGACAGCAAUAAUGUAUUGAGCAAUAUCAAUUUUUACUUAACAUAAUGAUAACACCGAAAUAAACUACAAUAGAGUUACAUUUAAAAUAUUGUAAAUUUUAAACAAAAGUAUUAUUCAUUAUUUAUAUUAUUAUUAUUUAAAAUGUACAAUAUAAAUAUCCGAUAAAAAUAAGCAACUAAUUGAAAAUUAAAGGACGUACUUCUAUGUGUCUUUUAUCCGAGUUUGAUAAAUAAUAAUUUUUAUCUAUUACUUCAACAUAUUAUUAUUAUACAAGUGACAUUCCAUUCAUUUUGUCUUGUACUUAGCGUUUGAAAUAAUUGUAAAUAUUUUGAAAAACGACAAAACAACAGAUCACGGAAUUUAAUAAAACAUUUUUAAGAAAACU